GCUAUAAAUAUAGUGCAAUCAGUGCCAGCCUCCUCAGAAUUAAAUAAAUGUGAUUACACCAUGCAAAAAUUACUUCUUUUAUGUGCUUUAUUACCAUUAUCAUGGACAAAACCCAACGCUUCUCUUAUCAAUCAGAUUAAUUCCCAACAAUCAGCAUGGACAGCCGGGAUUAACCCUUUUGACGACAUCGAGUCCCGCUUGGGAUUUCUGGGGAUUCACCCAGAUCCAAAUUUCAAACCAGAAAUUAAAGAACCACAAGCGACCCAAAACGUAAUACCUGAAACCUUCGACGCUCGGGAAUACUGGCCCGAAUGUGCAGACAUAAUCGGCAAUAUUCGUAAUCAGGGAAAAUGUAGCUCGUCUUGGGCGUUUGCUGCUGCCGAAGUCAUGUCAGACCGAUUGUGCAUAGCAACGAACGGUAAAGUCAAAAUUCAGCUGUCGCCCGAAGAUCUUAUCGACUGUUGUCAUUAUUGUGGCAAUCAAUGUAAAGGGGGUUACACAUAUUACGCUUGGAACUAUUUCAUGUUAACAGGCCUCGUGUCUGGGGGUGAUUACAACACAUCGACGGGAUGCCAACCUUAUUCGGAGUUGAAUUACUACAGAAUCACUCCUCCGUGCAACACAACUUGUCAAAACGACAAAUACCCCAUACCAUACGUCAGUGAUAAACAUUUCGGUGACAGCAUUUACUAUAUUCCCCAAAAUGAGACUGCUAUCCAAAACGAAAUUUUAUCCGGGGGUGGUCCAGUCGUAGCCGCCUUCGAUGUCUAUGGAGAUUUUAAGAUAUACCGAGACGGUGUUUAUAUUUACACAUCUGGUGCUCUAUUUGGUCGCACUGCUGUUAAAAUCAUUGGGUGGGGGACGGAGAAUGGGUGGGCCUAUUGGUUGGCGGCGAAUUCGUGGGGGAAAGACUGGGGCGCGUUGGGGGGAUUUUUCAAAAUCCGAAGAGGGACGAAUGAAUGCGGGUUUGAAGAGUCGAUCAUAGCCGGACAAGUGAGGGAAGGUGGUAGUACAAGUCCUACACCUGUUACUUUUACAGCAACUGUCACACCGCCUACUACGCCAGGUUCAGGGGUUAGGGUGGCAGGGUGCGGAAUCGGGCUUGUUCUGUCCAUGAUGCUGUUUUAUUUGUUAAAGUUUUAAUGAUAGUGAAGUGACCACAUUCAUAAAACUUCUAUUAUUUAGUUAUGUAGAUAAUCGAAUUUUUUACGGUGCCUAACUAUUGUGUAUUUUGUAACAAUUUUUUAUAUAAAUAAAAUAUUAUUUCUACGAAGAA